GGGGACUCGCGUCGCGGCUGUGGAGACUAGAAGGAGGACUCCGGAUCCGGCUCGGCGCUCGCCCUCGCUCGCCAUGGAGAAGACCGAGCUGAUCCAGAAGGCCAAGCUGGCCGAGCAGGCCGAGCGCUACGACGACAUGGCCACCUGCAUGAAAGCCGUGACGGAGCAGGGCGCCGAGCUGUCCAACGAGGAGCGCAACCUGCUGUCGGUGGCCUACAAAAACGUGGUAGGGGGCCGCAGGUCCGCCUGGAGGGUCAUCUCGAGCAUUGAGCAGAAGACCGACACCUCUGACAAGAAGUUGCAGCUGAUCAAGGACUAUCGGGAGAAAGUGGAGUCGGAGCUGAGGUCCAUCUGCACCACGGUCCUGGAAUUGUUGGAUAAGUAUUUAAUAGCCAAUGCAACUAAUCCAGAGAGUAAGGUCUUCUAUCUGAAAAUGAAGGGAGAUUAUUUCCGGUAUCUUGCUGAAGUAGCUUGUGGCGAUGAUCAAAAACAAACAAUAGAAAAUUCCCAAGGAGCCUACCAAGAGGCGUUUGAUAUAAGCAAGAAGGAGAUGCAGCCUACGCAUCCAAUCCGCCUGGGGCUGGCUCUUAACUUUUCUGUAUUUUACUAUGAGAUCCUUAAUAAUCCAGAGCUUGCCUGCACACUGGCUAAAACGGCUUUUGAUGAGGCCAUCGCAGAGCUCGAUACACUGAACGAAGACUCCUACAAAGACAGCACCCUCAUCAUGCAGUUGCUUAGAGACAACUUAACAUUAUGGACAUCAGACAGUGCAGGAGAAGAAUGUGAUGCAGCAGAGGGGGCCGAAAACUAAAGGCAUCCAGGGCACCAACCUCCUUCCCCUCAAGAAAACCUUUUUACAUCUCCAUUCCUUAUUCCACUUGGAUUUCCUCUAGCAAGGAAGCCCAUUCGUGUGUAUGGGAUCAACUGUUUAUAUAGUCUUUUCACACUGCAGCUUUGGGAAAACUCCAUCCCUUGGUUUGUGUUAUCUCCGCCUUCCUGGUGUGCAGUUACUGCUGUAGAAAAGUAUCAAUAGCUUCAUUUCAUAGAAACACGAGUAACUUCCAGACACUUGUGUAGAGGAGUGACAGCACACUUGGUAUUUAAGUAAUCUGAACCAGUUCUACAAGUGACUGUGUUUUGUAUUACUGCGAAGAUAUGGAAAAUGUAGUGCAUUACAAUUUAAAGUAAUUGUAAUAAUAACGUCUUGAUUUCUACAUUCCUUUUCUGAACCUUCUUGGGGGUUUCCUUUCAGAAGCAACUUUUCCAUGCUCUUACUACAAAUUCCUUUUUAGUAGGAAUCCAGAAGUGUUAGAUUGAAUGGGAAAGCGCUUAAUGCAUCCGGGCUUGGGGUCACAGAUCGAAAUGUCUCCUGUGUCACAUAUUCUGGAGGUUACAUCUUUCUGUGACAACAGGGAGUUUCCUUAUGCAUUCUUCAUUUGCUGCUGUUUAAGUUGACAACUUCCUUCCCAAUAAAAA